AGCAGAAAAGGAUAGGGACAAGCAACUUGCAAAUAACACCACCUUGGUUGCAUGCAUGGAUCUGCAGGGCCUUCUCCUCUGCCCAAAGCUUCAAGCGUCUGCCCUCUACUUCAAAAUGAAGCUUGGUGUCCAUAAUUUUACCAUCUACAAUAUGGCAUCACAUGAAGCGACAAAUUACCUUUGGCAUGAGGGUGAGGGGGGGGUCUCUGCCAAUGAGUUUGCCUCCUGCAUUGUGGACUAUCUUGAAACACACCUCACUUACACUGAAUUCAUUCUUUGGAGUGAUGGGUGUGGUUAUCAAAACCGAAACCUGGUCCUGAGCAAUGCCCUCUUAAAGUUUGCCACUGAAAGAAAAAAGCAAGUGACGCAGAAGUACCUUCAAAGAGGCCACACACAGAUGGAAUGUGACUCUGUGCACAGUGUGAUCGAAAGAAAGUUAAGGAACCGAGAUGUACACGUUCCAGCUGAGUAUGCUGCAGUCAUUCGGGGAGCUCGUUCAAGUCCAAAACCAUACGAGCUGAAGUAUGUUGAUUACAGCUUUUUCCAAGACUUCAGCAAAGUGAAAAUCUGCAAGUCAAUUCGACCUGGUAGCAAAGCAGGCGAUCCUACGGUGCAUGACCUCCGAGCAGUCAGAUACAAUGUGGACGGCAGUAUGGAGUUCAAAUUACUCCACUCCGACAACUGGCAACCCUUCACAUCCCCAUCCCUGAGGAAGGCGUGUGUCAGCGUGGCCCCACUCUAUACAUCCCCCCAGAAAAUUAAAGCACUGAAGUUCAAGCACCUUCAAGAACUGAAACAUGUCUUACCGAAGGACUUUCAUCCAUUUUAUGAUGCACUUGACCAUGAGUGAUGGUCAGCUCAAAUAGCACAAACAAUGACAUACACACCACUAUUAAACAUUAUUUAUUUAUUUAUUGAUAAAAGCCAGUGUGGUUUUUCUGACUACCUAUAUACAUGUCUUAUUGAUUAAUGUAUUAAUGAAAUGUUAUAUUUAUUGAGUAUUGACAAGUAAUUGUUUAUGUGCAUGUUUGAAAAUGACUUGGUUUUAUCUGUUGAACUCUUGGAAUUCCUAUCUGCCAAUCUGACAGGAAAGACAUGAUUAAAAUCUUGCAUUUAGGCAAGUUGCUAUUUUAUAAUUCCACCUGUAGUAGCAGUAGUGAGUCUAAUUAGCCGUAACUGCUUAAACAGGAACGGGCUAGUUGGAGUUUAGUGAAAUGGCAGCUU